ACGCGUGGGAGGGCGCCAGUGCGUCCGGCAGCAUGGCGGUGCGGGCCGCGGCGGCGGCGAGGUCCUGGCGGCGCCUGCUCCCCGCGGCUGCGUGGGAGCGGCCCCGCCGCCUCCAGCACCAGCGGACCGAGAGCUCCGAUCAGCCCAUCCAGAUGGAGAACCCCUAUAAAGAGCCUCCUAAGAGAUGUGUCUUGUGUGGCAUAGAUGUGGACUACAAGAAUGUGCAGCUGCUUUCCCAGUUUGUGUCUCCUCAGACCGGCCGCAUUUUUGGCAGGCACAUCACAGGCUUGUGCAACAAGAAGCAGAAGGAAAUCUCAAAGGCCAUUAAAAGAGCUCACAUGCUUGGGUUUAUGCCAGUGAUGUACAAGCACCCCUCAUUUCUCACAGACCCCAAGAUCUGUGAUGUCAAAUACCCUGAGUAGCACACAACCAAGAAAGGAACAAUAAACCUCUUUGAUGGUGACUGGAA